AUGGCGAACAUGUUUGCAAGACUUGUUACCGCAGCGUUAAAUGUCAUGAGCACAGAGACUUCGUGGGAGCAAACAAAGACAUUUGCCGGACAUGUAACUGCAAGAAUAGGUUUUACAGCUAACGCUACGCCACCGGUAUUUAGCCUACACGAAGAAAUGCUCUUAAAGAUUUUAAGUUUUCUUUCCCCUGAAGAUUUGCUCCGCUUUUCUCGAGUUUCCCGAAUGUGCUACCGACUAUCAUUAGAUCGGUCCCUGUGGAGGCAUGUUGAUCUGAGGAGCUUCGCUUCACGUCUGAACGAUCCUGCAAAACUGGAACUGCUCAUUUUCAAACGAUUUUCAAACAAAAUACGAUGCCUCGAUUUGAGUGGAUUUACCGUGUCAGAGGGAAAUCUUAACACCCUUGCUAUUUCUUGCAGACAGUUGCGGGUUUUGAAGCUGAAAAGUGUAACUUUUACGACUGAUUCAAACAGAGACAUUCAGAGGCAUAACUCAGAACAAAGUGCGAUUUUCCCAGAGAAACUCAAUUGCCUUGAUAUUAGAUUUUCACAAGGCCACCCCGGCGUGUUUCGAGUUAUCGCCUCAAACCUCAGCAAAGUCGAAAGUCUAGGACUCUGUGACGCUUUUCUAUACACCCUUCUUGAGGAUGGAAUUUUGGAAGCAACCAUUGAAAGCAUGAAAAACCUGCGCGUGCUGGAUCUCAGCCACUGCCGCUUACUGAAGGAAAACACCUUGGCUCUGUUCGCGCGCUGUAACAAGUUGGAAGUUUUGAGAGUGCGCAGAUGUCCUAUGCUGACGGGCAGUUCUGUUCAGGAGUUUCUGGAGUCUUGUACUCAUCUUAAGGCUUUAACACUCGACGGCAUCAGCAUAGACGACCAAACUCUUCAAAGCAUAAAGUGGGACAGUACUUUCUUGACUUCUCUUGAGUUGGGGUGGUGUCCGCUGAUCACCCCAGUCGGCCUCAAGUUAACCCUGCGCAGGGUGUCAAAGAUCCCAAGCUUGGAGUAUUUAGGACUGUGUUCAAUAGGAGGUGGAAAGGCAUUGAAUGACGAAAUUCUUCUUGAGAUGGCUGCCGGUAUUUUGAAAGGUCAGUACGGGAGGCUAACAGAGGUUAACCUAAGUUGUUCGUGGCGCAUAACAGAGGAUGGCCUUAAGAGGCUUCGCCCCUUGGUGGGGACAUUGGAUACCACAAGUUGUCCAGUUUCGAACGGAUUUCCAAUGAGAUACGACAAAAACAAUAACAUUGAACGAAGUACUAGAAAAAUAAGCAAAGGAAAGCACAUUUCUAGUCACUUUACCAGAUUUGAAUGGUGCCUAGAAACGCCACUUUGA